AUGGUAUACAAGAAGAAGGGGCGAUGUCGUCAUGACUGGUACAGCAAUGAGGAUGAAGCUGCCUGUGGUUUUAAGACUAAAAACGGAAGAAGAAUAUUUGAUAGUCAAGGAUUCUGCUGUUCCUGUAGUACAAGUAAUAAUGCGUAUGAGAGAGGAGAGUCGAAAUGGUGCAACAGAGGAAGCAAUCCUGGGCACUGCUUGGAAUUUGAUCCAUUAUAUGAUUUUGUGUUUGGCCUACAUCCUGCACAAUUUGUCUUUAACAUUACGAUUGAAAUUGAUAAGGUUUCAUAUAGUACUCUGAGUGGUGAAGAGGUCUAUGAGAGACUUGAUACUUUAGUGCUAUCACCAACGCGUAGAAUAAGGUCCUCAACAGAUAAAACUAUACGAGCCGAAUACAUUGCAGACUUUUAUCCUAGCGAUUUCAUUCAAGUCCUCAAUCACAAGUACCUUCUUGUUCCAGACAUUUCUAACAUCGAGACAUUUCCCUCUGAUUGGGUAUCGGAUGCUAUAGCCUCUGGCCAGUUGGACUCUUUAUACAACAUGUCAGAAUGGCUACUUGUUGGUAAAGAGCACUUUGCUCUCUCUGGCUAUCACUGCAAUAAAAUUGGUGUCAGCUAUUCAGCUUUUACUCAUCAGACCGAUAGAUGCUCUAAUGUUUUUGGAAGUUGCCUCCAAGGCCAGCCUUAUCACUUUUGGGAGAGAGAUAAGGAAAGGGUAAAAUCUGGACUGAAGCCUCUCUACAUGCUCCAUGGCUUUGGUGAGGUGCAUAAAAAUAGCUACAGGAUCAAUGCCACGGACUAUCAACUCAACUUCAUUGCUCAGAGAAUACAACGCUCACUCAUUACCAUAUCAAUGCAAGCAGACAACCUUAGACUAGUAAUUAAUAAAUCUCCUGCAAGAAUAUUAGAAGCAUACAUUGAUUCUUUUGAAGCUCUAAGCUCCACUGGACUACUCCAGGUAUACAUACAGAAUAUUGGGUUUUUGACUGCAACUUAUGAAGUCUCAGUGAGCCAUUGCUCGUCUGGUAUAGACUGGAUAUCAGCUAAAAUACUGACUCUGGAUCCAGGGGAACAGGCCAAUGUAUCAUUUGUUGUUCACUCGUUCAAUUCACUAGGACAGAUUAACAAUUGUGAAAUUCAAUUGCUGGAUCAAUCUGCAGAGGUUCUGGAUAAUCUUACAAUUAUAUUUGAAACACUAGACACUUGUUUCUGCUAUGGAUACUGUGGCUGCUCAUGUGGUAACAAUAUCUCAGAUUGCCCGCCUCCUCCUGAAUUCCAGUCUCCUGAUCAGUUCUCUCCCAUUGACUUUGGUCUCGAUUAUGAUUUUGAAGGGCUCAAUCUUGAAUGGCUAAGUGACAUCACUGAUUGGUUUUCAUCACAUUUUGGAGCUCUCAUUCUAUUUGCAAUCAUAGCAGUAGUACUGAUACUCCUUGGACUAGCUAAAGUAUCACUAUUGAUAUUUGCUGGUCAAAUUGCUUUACCAGCAAUGAACCAAUGUUGUGGUGCAAUGUCAAGGUGUGUUUCACUCUGCUGUUCUGCUUUCUGCAUCUGCUGUACUAAAACAGCUCUCAAUACAGCCUGGAAGGCCUCAAAGCUGACUAGUGGUAAAGACACCUCACGCCAUGUUGGACAGGAGGACGUGGUGGAGAGUGGAGCCCAGAGACCAAGGACCUGUGAUGGUAUGUGCUCAGGUGCCAAAAAGGCUAGGAGACUGCAUAGGAAACACCUGAGAAUGUUGAAGAGGCAAAAGGCAAAGGACUUUGAAGUAACUGCUUGGUGGGAGAAACCUUACACUUGUACCUGUGUAGUAAAAACAACUCACGACAUUAUGGAGAUAAUCAAGGCAACAUUCUUCUUUAUUUACUGCCCACUCCUUCCAUUGUGGUGGAUCUUAGAGAUAUUAUUUGAAUGGCUGAUGAGAAAGAGGAGGAAACAGAGGAGACUCAAAGAGUAUAGGAGGAAGAAAGCCGAGAAACAAAAGAAAAAGGAAGACACUUACCUUAUGGUAGAUGACUUCUCUAGAGGCAUAAAGCAAAAGAUGGUAGUCGAUUUUGAGAUAAAGGAUGAAAAUGGAAAAAUUAUUAUAAGUGACAGUGAGAGUAACCAAGAGUUAGGACUGGACACUGACACAACAGACACUGAUGAAGCUGGUGAUAUUGAGGAGCUUUUGGAUCCUAAUUAUCCAAUUCAUUUCAAUUUUGCUGGAGCCACCAAAGAAACGAGCCCAUCAUCACUUAAAAGUCCUGGUGUAAACUUCAGCAUACGUGGAAGAUUGAUAAAAGUAGAAGAUAAAUUAUACCAAUUUCAUUUAGCAGAAUUCACUUAUCAGGUAAGGAAGCAAGUGAAAGAGAAGGAAGUCAUCCUGCCUAUGCCUAUUAAACUAAAAAAGAAAGAGUUUGAAAAGACAAUGAAAGAAGACCUUGUACAGCUCCUAGUGACCAUCAAGCCUUUGUUCAUUUGUCUAAACGACAAACCACAGAAAAAGAACAAAGUUUACAUCUAAGAUACACACAUAAAAAUUAA